GAUUUGUCAACUGGCCAGUAAGCACGCCUUAGAUCAAACUAGGAUACAAUGUUCGUUCCAUGUCAGACCAGACAUUAAACCCGGAUUAGGUAUUCCGGAUGAAAUAAAAGUAGGGAUGUCCCUACACGUUCCCAAGAGUUUACGAAAACAAAACGGAAGCUGACUUUAGGAGCUGAGUGAGCCUCACUGGGAGUCUGAACAAGUCCACUUCCCACCAUUAGACAGACGAGUGCAGAGUGGAGACAUAUGGAACUGGACAGAUAAAGCACGGACCAGGCUACAACUUCAAAGGGAUACACUGAAUAAUCCCUUCUAAAAGAUUGCAACGAUUUUACAAGUGCAAAAGUACUUUGAGAACGUAACAGAACUUCAAUGAAGCUCAGAACUGCUUUCCAACAAGACUAGUUCUGGUGCAGCUUUGCAGAAAAAGCCAUUCUGAGGAUUGUAUUCCUGGGAGGGCAUUGCACAGGGAGAUUGUGCCACUGUAUCCCCAUCCUGUGAUUCUGCUUUUGUAGCCAACACUCGCUUGAAGAAACGGAACCACACGUGAGGAUGAAACUUCAAGCAGUCAUGGAGAAUCUGCAGAGGCAGCAGAGAGCCAAACUCCAACUGCAACUCGAGCAACAGCAGCAGCUAGCCAGCCAAUCACAGGCACAGCUGUCCUCAUCAGCCAAUCCCGGCACGGGGAGAGAGGAGCCUGCAAGGGGCAGACCUGGUGGGAGCCCCGCCCCUGAGGAGGGCUCAGGAGAGCAGUCUCACACCCAGAUGGCAGCUUUGGCAGCCAUGCGGGCGGCAGCAGCAGGGCUACAGAGACCCCCUGACAGCCCCCUGAUGGAGGACAGCAGCGAGGAUGAGGAGGAGGGAGGGGAUGAGCAGUACAAAGAUAUGAUGGGCUCGGAGGAAGAAGAGCACAUAAAGAAGAAGUGGGAUGAGGAAGACUUUGAAGAGGAGAUGGAAGAAGACUAUGAUGAUGAGCUUGGGGAGGAAGGGGUGGGGAUCGUGGGAGGGGCCUCUAUACCAGGAAAGGAGGCCCCACUGCACCGCCAGCUCCACAGUCACCCCCAGCUGCUGAAGGCAAAGGGGGCUGGGGGGCAGGAGCUCCGAAUUCAGAGUUUACCCUCCCAGGGGUCCCUGAGUCAGACGCCAGGGCAGGACCAUGGGGACUGGACCUACGAAGAGCAGUUCAAACAGUUAUAUGAACUGGAUGGGGACCCAAAGAGGAAGGAGUUCCUGGAUGAUUUGUUUAGUUUCAUGCAAAAGAGAGGGACGCCUGUGAAUCGCAUCCCCAUCAUGGCCAAGCAAGUCCUGGAUCUCUACAUGCUGUACAUGCUGGUGACAGAGAAGGGGGGACUAGUGGAGGUGAUCAAUAAGAAGCUAUGGAGAGAGAUCACCAAAGGACUCAACCUGCCUACCUCAAUAACCAGUGCAGCCUUCACCCUCCGUACACAGUACAUGAAGUAUCUGUACCCUUACGAGUGUGAAAAGAGGUCACUGAGUAACCCCAAUGAGCUCCAGGCAGCGAUCGACAGCAACCGCAGGGAGGGGCGGCGCCAGGGCUUCGGGGGCACGCUCUUCACCUACUCCCCCAACGGGACCCCCACCAUGCUCUCCUCUCCCAAGCUACCCCUGCCCAGCCUGAGCAGAGCCACCAACGGGAAGCCCCCCGCCCCCACCCAGAAGAUAAAGAAAGAGGAGGAGGGGGGUGGCUCCGUGGCGGGGCCUGGCCGGCUGGCAGGACACUCCAUGGCGGUGCAGGCAGCAGCAGCAGCAGCCCAGGCGGCCAUGUCAGCCCAGGUGGCUGCGCUGGAGCAGCUGAGAGACCAGGUGGAGAUCGGGGAGCCCCCAGAGAAGAAGAUGGCCCUGAUGGCAGACGAGCAGCAGAGACUGAUGCAGAGAGCUCUUCAGCAGAACCUGCUCGCCAUGACAACCGCACACGUGCCAAUGAACAUCCGCAUCAACAACCAAGAGAGCAGGCGGGACUCUGCACUGAACCUCACUACAAACGGUACAAACAGUAUUCGCAUGUCAGUGGAGCUCAACGGGGUUGUCUACACAGGUGUUCUUUUCGCACAAGCAGCUGCCUCUUCCUCCUCUGUAUCAAGCCACAGCACAGGGAUUGCUGGCCUGCCUGUGUCCCACACACCUACCUCCUCCAGCAAUCCAUCACCUUAGCAACGGCCAAAUCACACCACAGCUAGCGCCAAACUAUCUCCAAUAAGAAGUGCACGAUCUCAGGUUAACAAAUCCAACCCGAGGGUUUUUGUUUUGUUUUUUUAAGCAGGUAGACAUCAACAGCCAAGUAGAUGAAAGCCAGAGCCAGUAUAUUAAUAAUAUAUGCAAAAACUUGUGAAUAAUUUAUUUUCUCUCAUCCUGUACAGAUUUUAUUGAGAACAAAAAAAAAAAAAAAAAAAAAAGGUUUUAGUUUCCACGUUGAAUUUCAUCUACUGACUGGUUUGGGUUUGAAGUAUGAUUUUUUAUUUUCCCUGUUUUCAAAAAGGCUGGAGGUAUUUUUCAAUCUUUUAUUAACUACACUUGGCAAAAGUAUAUAUAAGGUUUUAAAGUAAAUGUAAAUAUCUUCUAUUUUAUUCUAGUACAUAAAAAUGAGCUUUAAAGUUAUAUAUUUGUUCAGGGCAUAGCAAAACACCUCACAAUUUAGGUUUUCGAUAUGGUUUUUGUGAUGAAGAUAGCUGAGCAAAAGGGUCUGUGAGAUAUCUUUCAUCGCUUUCUUAACAGUAAGACACUUUGCUAAGUGUUCUGUGUUAAUAAUUUAAGCUGGUCAAAGUACUGCCAGUAAGACACAAGGAGGCGCUGUGCACCCCUACUGUUCUGGAAAAACCCAAGCAGGAGACUAGAUUCUGUUCUCAAUGAAG